AUGCUUCUUUCUUCACCUAAAAUUAAAAAAUCGUCUAAUGGCCCUCCCCCCUCUCCUGUUGGCUCUAACUGUGGAGGUCUCCUUCUUUUGCCAGGACCGGCAUCAUCAACCUCUGGUUGUUAUUCGCCUUCUCUAUCUUCACCUGCUCCUUUAACACCAACGGCACCAACAAUGAUUGCAUCUUCAAAUACUCGUAUUAAGGAAGAAUGUUGUUUUUCUUUGGAAGGAUUUUUGUAUAUGAAAUGUUUAAGUGGAGCACUAUCAUUAUUAUCAACUCGAAAACAUUUAUAUUUUGGACUUGAAGAACUUAACAAUAAAUUAAUUUAUUAUAAAACAAAGGGAGAUUUUGAUACAAGAAAAGAUUGCCAAGGACAAAUUUCAUUAAAUGGGGCAUUUUGCUCUUUAAUUGAAGGAAAUAUGCGCGGAUUUAUUUUAUAUACGGAGACAGGAAAAAAAUAUUUAUUAGAAGCAGAAAAUGAACGUGCAGCUGAUUGUUGGUUAAAUGCUUUACAACAACGAAGGGAUGAUUGUAAUGAUAAAAAUGGAAUUUUUGUGGAUAGUCUUCCACUAGCUUCAAUUGAAAGGCAAAGAAGAAGACAUAGAAGUAGAAGUAAAUCUUUUGAUCAGUCUAAUAAUAAAAAUAAUAAUGAAUUGAAUGAAAAAUUAAAACAACAACAACAAAAACGUUCAGCAACAUUAGAUGGAGAAGAUAAUAAUGCUUUGUUUGAAAGGGGAAGAACAAGAACUUUAAAACAAACAAAGGAUAAAACAACACCAAUUGAUUUAUUGCUCGAAACAACAACAUUAGCAGAAGCAAUAAUUACAUCUUCCCCAAUAAAUAGUCCACAAGCAACAACAAAAUUAGAAAAUAAUGGGGUAAUAAUAAAUGGUGGUGAUAAUGAAAAUAAAAAUUCUUGGUGGAAAUGGCCAACACGUUCAUCUACACAACAAAUAAAAAAUAAAGAAGAAAAGAUUUCAUCUGAUGUUAUUUUAAAAGAAAAUAAUAUUAAAAAGAAAAGUGAUGAACAAAAAUGGCUAGUUGAUUAUUGGCUUAAAAAUCAACAACAACAAGAAGAGAAAAAUGAAGAAAUUAAUUUAAAUACAAAAAAUAAAUUAAUUAAUGAAUUAAUAGAUAUUCCUCCUUUACCAAAUAUUUUAUGUAAUGGAAAUGGAAUUCAUUCAACAACAGAAAGUAUUAAAAGUAAUAGCAGUACUAGUUUAGGUACAACAACAAAUGAAAGUAUAAAGAAAGUUGAAGAAAAUAAAGAAGAAAAUGAACUUUUAAUUCUUAGAGAAUUAAGUAAUAGACAAAAAGAACAAAUUGUGGAAUUACGCGAACAGCUUGAAAAAGCACAAAAAUUGAUAAAUGAAAAUGGAAGUGUUGGGUAA